AUGGUCAAGUUUACAUUAAAGAAUACAGCAAUUAUCAUUGUGAUAUUGGCAUAUUUAGGAAAUGUUGUUAAAUCACAGAAACAAGAAAAGACAGAAGUAAGAUCACUUGGGCACAGAAGAGGAGGUGUUGUAGGAGAACAAACAGUAUUUGUUGAUCGCCCAUAUUUUGUAGAACAACCAUUAUAUUAUCCAUAUCCUUAUCAAUAUCCAUAUACAUAUACAUAUCAAUAUCCAUAUACAUAUACAUAUACAUACCCAUAUACAUAUCAAUACCAAUAUCCAUAUAAUUAUUCAUAUUCAUACACAAGAACAACUUCAAGACCAGGAGUUUUAUCACAUCCAGUGGGUUAUAUGCCACCACCAUAUGCUCCAUUACCUGCUCCAUAUUUGAGAUAUUUAGGUAAUGACCCUGCAUUAUUAGAAAGAAAAAUGGAUGCAAUCUCACCUAUGGAAACCGUCACACCUGGAUUUAUUAAUGAUUUAUCAUUACAAGAUGGAAUUUUAGGAAGAAACGAAAAUUUGAAUAAUGAUCAAAAUAAUGCUAAUUCUCAGAAUCCUCCCCAACAAACUCAAAAUAAUCAGACAUUACCUUCAGGAACAAAAAACGAUGGUAUGAAUAAUUUUGUAAAUAGAGAUGGAAUUAAUUUUGAUAGAUUUCCAGCAUUAUCAGGUUUGAAUAGAAUGGGAUUGGCUGAUGGUGAGAGAGAGAUGGUAAAAGACAGAGAUGAUGAUGAUGAUGAUGAUGAUGAUGAUAAUGAUGAUAAUGAUGAUCAUGAUAAAAAUGUCAAGAAUAAUUCACUAUAUAACCAGACAAGUGUUAGUGGUGAUGCAAAAAAAUAUAAUACUACAAUGAAAACACCUGAAAUAGUUUACUUUAACAACACAUCUAAUUUAAGAGUAUUAGCAAAAAAAGGUUUAUUGGAGCGAGUAGAAGAGAAAGUAAAUGAUGUUUUUGAUGGUAUUAAGAAGAAGAUUAAUACUAAUGACGAUAAUGAUGAUCAAUUGAGUGACUUAGAAAAGGAGGAUAGCAAUGAUAAUGAAAAAGAUAAUGAUAAAAAAAAGAAUUCAAAUAAAAAAACACAAAAUGGAAAUAAAAUGGUUAAGCAGGUAUUUAGCACAAUAGAGGAUAUUGUAACAAAUACAUUAAAUAAGUAA